UUGAGGAGAGAGAGAGAAAUAAAGAUAAACAAUAUCACAUUUACCGUAAAUUUUACAUGAGGCAAUUAUCUUCUGGACAUAACCUGAUUCUGCAGUAUUUUUUUAAAGGUAAACCGGACUGACUACUCACGGAGAUCCACCUGACUAAAACGCCGCAGAGGCCUGAGCUCUUAUUAUAGAAGCAGAGCAGAGGCGAGAGAAGCACAUUCACAAAGUUGCAUUUUUUUUUAAUCCUUCUGUCAGUUAGUUUCUCUUUUUCUUCCCACCGAUAUUUGAUGGGAAUCUCUCCCUCCUCCUUCGCCCAUUAAAGGCGCGAUGACGGCGUUCAAGAGCGGCGAUUUCAAUCUGAACCGAUUUUCCCGAGCGUUUGGGGAAUCCGCAAUGCGGAGCUUUAAGCAGGCGAUUCUGGAGCAGGAACUUACUUUUAAGAAUCAGGUUCGAGAAUUGCAUCGCCUAUAUUGGGCACAGAAAGCACUGAUGAAAGAGCUUCAGCAGAAGGGAGUUGAUGUGCAGGUCGAAAGCGCUUCGUGCAGAAAUGAGACUGCUUUGUUCGCAAAUCAACAGAGGGAUUUCGACCUGAAUAAUAAUAAUAAUAAUAAUAAUAAUAAUGAUCUUUUCGGGACAGAUCUCUCAAAGGCUAAUGGGAAAUUUGAUUUUGAAAAGAGCUUGAUUUCCUCAGUUGCCUCUGGCUGCAAUGAAAUUAUUGAUUUGGAGGAUUCUACGGAUUCAGACCGCCACGAGAAGGCAGAGGUAAGGUUGAAAGAGAAUAAUGUGUGUUCUGUGCCUUCUGUGGUUCAUUUUGGGGAGGAACAAGAUGGAAAAUUGAAAGACCAGAUGCCACAUGUUGCCUGUGUUGAAACUGUUGAGUCUAGCUUGGAUUCAGUAUAUGAUCACUCUAAAAUCACACAUGAAUCUAAAAAACCACUUUUUGACCUUAAUAUGCCCGCCGGAGUUGCAGAAGUUCAUAAUAGCUCACAAGAUUCAAUGCUCGAAGAGAAUAAUAGAAAGAAUUUUAAUGAUUUUGAGAGCAAAAUGGACAUCAAUGUUUGGUCAUCGGUUUAUCCUGUAGGAAAAUCCACAGAUUCUAGUGAUAGAGCUCUUAGCAUAAAUGAAGCUCCCAUUUCCUCCAUUGAGCUAUCUAAACAUGAUAAAGGUGGAGUUUCCCCAUCCGACGAACAUAGAUUAGUAGCACAAACUUAUCAAAAUUGGCAGGAAUCAAAUUUUACAUCCACAUACAGUAUUAAACUUCCACAAGCAGCGAGCAGUGAUUCAACAGAGAAGCCAAGCAAUCAUAAGGAAAGUGAAGAAGAUGAAGCUGAACAAAAUGCAUUCAUGAGAACUUCGUCUGUUAGAUAUGAUGCCAAUAGCAUGAGUGAUUGUAGCUCUUACGAAAAAGGCGAGCAAGAAACUGCUGCUCCUUCAAUCACUGAUGAUUCUGUAAUCACACUAUCACAGAUUACAGAAAAUGAAAGGUCUUACACUGGUAAGUUCAAGCCUGAAGAACAGGAUAUGAAGACUACAGCUGCUGCUCAGACGUUAAUGGAUAUAUCUUUUGGAGGUUCAGACAUCACAACAGAGAAAUUUGAUAUUAUUGAAGAUGAGAGUGAUCAGAUUCAGGUUUCAUCUGACUCUUUUGAAGCUCUGACAGUGGAAUUAUCUGAGAUCCGGAAUGAUGAGAUAAUGGUUGUUAUGCCGAGAUUAAAUGGAAGAGAGGAGGAAGAUUUGAGGACCAGGCCAAGAAGGGGGAAGGGGCUUCGAAAUUUUCAGAAAGAAAUAUUGCCAGGGCUUGUGUCUCUAUCUAGACAUGAAAUAUGUGAAGAUUUGUAUAGCAUAAACUAUGAGUUCAGAAGAAAUAGUUUCAGAAUCUCAGAGAACAUUUUUGUUCCAGUUACAAGUAGAAGAUCAAGGCAGUGUUCAGGGCGCCGGUGAUGCAGAAACUUUCUAUGUUGAAUGAGGAAUGUAGGUGAAGGACCUUAUAUGCUGAGAACUUCACGAGGCUGAUUCAUGAUAGGUAUGAGAUGUUGAAACAGCUGCGUUUUAAAGCCUCCAUUAAUGCAACAUUGCAUUCACAGUUUUGCCUGUCACUGGGAGAGAGAGAGAAAUCAGAAUUAUUCGGGAAAAAUUACACAGUUUGCAAUAGGUUUUUUUUUUUAUAAUUUUUUUUCUUCAAAUGGGCAAGAAUGAAAAUUUGAUGUAGUAGUGGGACGGAAUCAUUGGAUGACAUGUUGAAUGGAUCGUAGCAUGAACAUUUUAGUGUUUUAUGAGGAUAA